AUGGCACCUCAUGAAUCAACCUGGCGUCGUGAUGCAGAUAUUCGGGCUAAAUUAAAAAAGACACAUGUUAGUUUUCCUCAACUGAAAUAUCCUUCACUCAGGGAUGAUGGUCCGAAGGAUCCGGUACAAUGGCUUACUGGAAAAGCCUUAGAUGAUGGAGCCGAAGGGCUUUGGAGGAUUCAGAACAAAUUAUAUGAUUUAACGAAAUUCAUUAAAAAGCAUCCCGGGGGUGAGGAGUGGCUGGAAUUAACAAAGGGUACUGAUAUAACAGAAGCCUUUGAAUCUCAUCAUUUAAAUCCGAGCACAGAAAAGCUCCUUAAUAAAUUUUACGUCAGAGAUGCAAAAGCACCCCGCAACUCACCUUUCACAUUUAAAGAAGAUGUACUGUCA